CGCUCAGCCGGGCGGAUGGAAGAAGAAGAGGAGGAGGAGGCGGCAGCGAGCGGAGGCGCGGGGCCGAGCUGCGGCUGCAAGGGGAUCCGCUCCUGUCUGCUCUGCGAGGGGCCCGCGCAGGCUGCUCCGCCCACACAGGGGGAGGAUAAUUUCACUUACUGUCCGGCAACGGGUUUAGCUGAAGGCAAUGAGUGCUCCCCAUUUGCUGGCUGGGCAUUUCCGUUCCCAGGGGUGUUUUUGGCGGAGGAGUUCAUUAGCGAGGAUGAAGAAGUGGAGGUGGUUGAACUGAUGGAUAGGGAUGAAUGGAAGCCCUCGCAGUCUGGUCGAAAGAAGCAGGAUUACGGACCCAAAGUGAACUUCAAGAAACAGAGGUUGAAAGCUGGUGGCUUUACUGGCUUGCCAAGUUUUAGUAAAAAGAUUGUGGCACAGAUGGAGGCCUGCUCUGUGCUAGGUGGCUUCAUGCCUGUUGAACAAUGCAAUCUGGACUACAGGCCAGAAAGAGGUUCUGCCAUUGACCCACAUUUUGAUGAUUGGUGGCUGUGGGGAGAACGUCUGGUUAGCUUAAACUUGCUCUCAAAAACUGUGCUGUCCAUGUCUUGUGAUUCAGAGGACAGCAUCCAAUUAUUUCCUACUUUCAGUAAUGAAAACAGGGAAUUAAAUCCCCUUGGAUCUCUUACACAAACGUCACCAUGUGAGAAUUCAGGCAAACAGGGAAGCAGCUGCCUUUUAUCCCCAAGGCUCGUCCCAAGUAAGGAAGUGACCGUUGCCAUUCGCUUACCCAGGAGAUCUCUGGUGGUGCUGUAUGGUGAGGCUCGCUACAAGUGGAAGCACGCCAUUCACCGCAGGCAUAUCGAGCAUCGGCGAGUGUGUGUCACGUUCAGAGAGCUGUCUGCAGAGUUCAGGGCUGGAGGAAGGCAUGAGGAGCUGGGCAGAGAACUGCUGGAGAUAGCUCUUUCCUUUCAAGGGACACCGGUGUGAUCAGCAAAGGGCUGCUAGAAUUGUGUCUUAAGAAAUGUGAAAAAUAAAAACCAGGAUUUGUAGAAUUUGA